UUCACGGCAGAAGGCCUGGCGGGAUGUGCCUGCUGUCUGCAGACAGUGUUGGGAGCAGCCUGCAGGUUUGAGUGUUCUGGGAAAGGCUGCGGCGGCUCUGGACACCAUGCACACGGAUGUUGUGCUUCUCAGUGGGCUGCUCUGCAUGCUCGGCGUGUCCGGACAGACGGGUCUCAGAGGACAAACACUCCAUUCGUACAGACACCUCAGACUGAAACGAGAGAUGUCCCCAGUAGAAGGAUCCAAUUGCCAGAUUAGCAGCUGUUCACCUAAGAGAAGUCCAGAUAUAACCAAGGCACAGAGUACAAAGUCAGAGCAGAUCCUGAGGAUAGAUGACCAUGAUUUCACCAUGCGACCAGGAUUUGGAGGGCCUGCUGUCCCCGUUGGAGUGGACGUUCAGGUUGAAAGCCUGGAUGCGAUUUCAGAGGUUGAUAUGGAUUUUACAAUGACCUUGUAUCUGAGGCACUACUGGAAAGAUGAGCGUCUGUCCUUUAAAAGCAACACCAAUCAGAGCAUGACCUUUGAUGGCCGUCUAGUGAAGAAAAUUUGGGUACCUGACAUGUUUUUUGUUCACUCCAAGAAGUCCUUCAUACAUGAUACUACCACUGACAAUGUCAUGCUGCGAGUUUACCCCGAUGGAAAAGUGCUCUACAGUCUCAGAGUCACCGUCACAGCAAUGUGCAACAUGGACCUGAGUCGAUUUCCUCUGGAUACUCAAACAUGCUCAUUGGAGAUAGAGAGCUAUGCAUAUACAGAUGAUGACUUGAUGCUGUACUGGAAAGAAGGGAACAGUUCAUUAAACACGGAUGAGAGGAUUUCUCUCUCCCAGUUCCUGAUCCAAAAGUUCCACACAACCACCAAGCUGGCCUAUUACAGCAGUACAGGCUCAUACAACCGUCUGUACAUCAACUUCACGCUGAGGCGCCACAUCUUCUUCUUCCUGCUGCAGACGUACUUCCCUGCCACGCUCAUGGUCAUGCUGUCCUGGGUGUCCUUCUGGAUCGACCGCAGGGCUGUCCCUGCUAGAGUACCACUUGGUUAG